AUGCGAGGCAGAGGACAGAGCAACUGCAGCGGCUCGAGCCGAUCAAGCGCCUCGGUCGCGGCGACGGGCGGUGAACAAGCGAGACACUUCAUCUUUGACAGAGACUGGUACCCGGACCUCCCGCUGGUGAUCCAGGCGAACCAGCUCAUCAUCGGACGCCUGUCGCUGGGCCACCCGAUGGCGGAGCUCGUCGAGGAGUCGGCCAGGAACGAAGCGGGCUGCAUCCCGGGCACGAUGGCGGCAUACUUCCAUCACGCAAUCACGCUGGAGCUGGCAUGCCUGAUGAGCAACGACACGGUCCAGAUGGCGAUCGUCAAGGGUGUGAGGGUAUGA